AUGUCACAAUUUGAGAUUUUGCCCCAAUUUUUGCUUUCAUUUGAUGUUAAAUCAUUACCCUGGGAUAAUAUCAUAUUACAUAGAGUGAACACUAUUAAUGAAUCGAAAGCUAAACUAUCCAUUAACGAUCUUAAGAAACGUACCGAAGAUAUGAUAGAUGUUCAGUUCUCGGACUAUAUUAAAAUUUACACUGAUGGAUCCAAAACAAGAGACGGCUCAGGUUGCGCGUUUUACGAUGAAGCUACAGAUUUUGGGGCCAAAUUUCUUAUUGAAAAUCCAAGUAUACCUGUAAUGGGAGUUGAACUGACUGCAAUUAAUGAAGCAGUACAUUACAUAGAGUCGACACCAUACCAUAAAAUUGUUAUUUUUACAGACUCAAGGAGCAGUUUACAGCAUUUGUUGGGAUGUGCUAAGGACGGUAGUGUCGGUAGAAACGAAGCUUACCUUAUUAUUAAAUGUAUCCAUAAAUUGAUACGUAACGGGGUUGAAGUUCGUCUACAGUGGAUUCCUUCACAUGUGGGUGUCAGAGGUAACGAGUUUGUGGACUCUCUUGCAUCCAAAGCUCUACAGAACGGCAUACCUCUCGACAUCGUACCGCACUACAUUGAUCAUCUCCCAAAAAUUAAAAAUGACAAUUUUAUGAAAUUUAAAUCUUAUUUUAAUGAAUGCUCUCAGGACAUAGGCAUCUGGUACAGGACCAUUGUGGACGAACCUCCACGCGAGCCUUGGUUUUACUCAAGACUUCUCAAUAGAAAUGAUUUAGUUAUUUGCUUCCGAACCACAACAAACAAGUUUAAUUUUAUUAUGAAAAAAAGAGACGAUCCAAAUUGUACACGAUGUGAGAGAGAAGAGGACCUCCUACAUUUAGUUCUCGAGUGUAAAAUAAACGAAAAAGCUAGGUUGGAUUUCCUAAAGGAAACUCGAUGUUCUACUGGCGACUUUCUCUUCUUUCUUCAUCAAAUAUUAAGUUCAGGGUUCACUGCCGAAUUUAGUGAUAGAUUUAUUAGUUAUAUUAUAGACUCAUUGAACCUUAGAUCUGAAUACUAUAAAAAUGCUCGUUAA